GGUCUGACGUCACAUUGGGUUCAAAAUGAAAGAGUAGCAUUAAGGGAGAGAUUUUCGCUUAAAAGUGUGCUGCUAGCUGCAAAAAUGAGAGAGAUAUUAUAAAAGCGUUAUGUUUUUAUUCGUUCUAACUGGAUAGAUAGCAAGCAGUGGCGGUUUUGAGCUGAUUUUAUAGUAUUUUUAAGGCACCACACUGAUUUGUUUUGUUAUGUAGCAGCGUUUAAAGUUAGCAUAAGCUAACACAGGUGUUUAUAUUUCAGUGUAAACUUUGUGCUGGUUAACUGUUGUGCUGGUUAACUGCUUCGUGCUGGUUAACUGUUGUGCUGGUUAACUGUUGUGCUGGUUAACUGCUUUGUGCUGGUUAACUGUUGUGCUGGUUAACUGCUUCGUGCUGGUUAACUGUUGUGCUGGUUAACUGUUGUGCUGGUUAACUGCUUCGUGCUGGUUAACUGUUGUGCUGGUUAACUGCUUCGUGCUGGUUAACUGCUUCGUGCUGGUUAACUGCUUUGUGCUGGUUAACUGUUGUGCUGGUUAACUGUUGUGCUGGUUAACUGUUGUGCUGGUUAACUGCUUUGUGCUGGUUAACUGUUGUGCUGGUUAACUGUUGUGCUGGUUAACUGUUGUGCUGGUUAACUGCUUUGUGCUGGUUAACUGUUGUGCUGGUUAACUGCUUUGUGCUGGUUAACUGCUUUGUGCUGGUUAACUGUUGUGCUGGUUAACUGUUGUGCUGGUUAACUGUUGUGCUGGUUAACUGUUGUGCUGGUUAACUGCUUUGUGCUGGUUAACUGCUUCGUGCUGGUUAACUGCUUCGUGCUGGUUAACUGCUUCGUGCUGGUUAACUGCUUUGUGCUGGUUAACUGCUUUGUGCUGGUUAACUGCUUCGUGCUGGUUAACUGCUUUGUGCUGGUUAACUGCUUCGUGCUGGUUAACUGUUGUGCUGGUUAACUGCUUCGUGCUGGUUAACUGUUGUGCUGGUUAACUGCUUUGUGCUGGUUAACUGUUGGUAGCUGAAACAGAAAGUAGCUCUUUAUAUGUUUAUAUUUAGGCAGGUUGCUAUAAGAUCAGGGUUUUCACUGACAACACUGAAUCUUUCAGAAUGGAGCUGCAGGUUGUUGAGAGAGCAAAGAUUUUUUGGUCUCAAGUGGAUGUGGACUUGGCGUUUGAAGAGUUGUUGGACUUCCUGCUGUGUUUAAGAGAAGCUAUUAAAAGUAAAACUGCCUCGGAUAAAGGCUACAUCCAGGGCAUGAAUAUUAUUAUGGAGUCUGAGGUGUCGCUGACUGCAGCUUUGAGGAAUGACUCCUUUGAGGAGGUGUUGAUCGGUGAAGACAUCCUGACAGUGUCUGUAUCAGACUCGCAUUGCACUAUACUGAAAAUGAAGGAUCUUCCUGUGCCAGAAGACACCUUGCUUGAUGAUGCGUCAAGGAACCCAGAGUCUGAUAACAGUCAGAUGUCUUCAUCGGGCAGAAACGAUGCUAAGUUAACAGGGAAGUUUGACACGUAUGACUAUAUGAUGCUGCUGUCGCCGACAAAUCUUUUUUCUGAUGACCAGUUGGCCCCUGUUUCACCUGUCCAGCUUUCCUAUCAACAUCACGACUGCAGCCCAGCCUGUCUCCCUCACCUCCCGUCUCACUCGGACCACUUUCUUGGCUACAACCCCUUGCGAGUGCCUCUUAUCUGCCGCUUCCAGCGGCACUGUGCCAAACCACUCAUGUUGUCCGUACAACAUGAGGACUUGGACUCGGAUGUGAUCUACAAAGCCCCAUGUGGGCGGAGCUUGUGCUGCAUGGAUGAUGUGUAUCAGUUCUUACAGCAGACUAACAGCCUUGGGGUCCUGCAGCAGACCAAUUUCAGCUUCAAUCCACUUGUCCUGCCAGAGCGUCAGGCUCAGCCAAGGCCACUCGCACCCGCUUCUCCUCAUCCCACAACCAGUAUUUUUGAGCGGGAUAUAAGCCGUGGGAUGGAAGCUGUUCCGGUCACUCUGUGUAAUGACUUGGAUGGUGUACGACCAAAAGAGUUCCGUUAUCGCAAGGAUCGCUGGCCUCACGGCUGCUUCUUAAGCAAGGCACCAUAUUUCCUGACCUGCUGUGACUGCACGGACGGAUGCGCAGACAGUUCCAGUUGUUUAUGUCUUCAGCUGUCUCUAAAGACUGGAGCAAAGCCAGACGAGCUUUACAGACACCAUCGGCUAAAUGAGCCUGUGGCCACUGGGCUGUACGAAUGUGGUCCAUGGUGCGGAUGUCAAAAAAGCAGCUGUCAGAAUCGUGUGGUCCAGCAUGGACUCCGUGUCCGCUUGCAGGUGUUUCGCACCAUUGACAAAGGAUGGGGGGUGCGUUGCUGUGACGACCUCGACACAGGCACCUUCAUCUGUACCUACGCAGGUGUUGUCCUCAGACUAGAGAAGAACUUAGAGGAACCCUUUCUCCCUAAAGCCCAGAAGGAGGAGCAGCUUUCGGAUGAUGAGGUGGAGGUGGUGGAGGAGUGGACGCUUCCCUCAGGGCAGAAGAAAACAGGAACGUCGACUACUGAGACACUGGAUACUUCUCCAGCACUUUACGUUCCUGUGAUUCAGAGGUCUGCAGACCAGCCCUCUACACCGCACAAUGGGAGAGAACAGCCGGAGCACACGGGUGACCAGAAGGAACUGAACAGCUGUUCAUCACCUAAUCCCAAUCACACAGAAAUCAAAGAGCAACGUAACAAAGAAGGGGUGAGGAAGAGACUUCGGGUGGAUGACAAGAAAAACGGUGGUAUUGUACAUCGAGAUCAGAGGGUGCGUAAAGUAUUCAAACCCGACUCUCAGGAAAAGACGUAUUAUCUUGAUGGUUCAAAAGAAGGAAACGUGGGAAGGUUUAUUAAUCACAGCUGCAAUCCCAACCUGUUUGUCCAGAACGUUUUUGUCGAUACCCACGAUCCCAAUUUCCCAGUAAUUGCUUUCUUUACAAGCCAGCCAAUCAUAGCAGGGACUGAGCUGACCUGGAAUUAUUUCUAUAAAACAGGAAGUGAUCCUGAGCAUGAGGUACCGUGUCUGUGUGGUUCAACUGACUGCCAAGCAGUUAUCAUCUGACCGUCAUGACCGCCUAUGUGAGAGGUUAGCUCAGGAGUAAGGCUAAGCAUAAGACUUGAGGCUCAGAAACAUCGCAGAACUGCGGAUAUAAAAUCUGCGCAACGUGCUUUCAUUUCCAAGCAGUAAAAGCUCAGCGUCGGCGUAUUUCUGAACAUUGCUUUCAAUAAUAAAAGCUGAAUAAAGUCAGAUGGUGUUUGAUGGUUCUACACUGUUCAUCUGUUAAAAAUAGUAGAAACAGUCAUUCUUUAAUGGUUAAUAACUGUGUUUUUUUUUGUACAUUGUUCAAAAUAAAAUGUUUCAGGAAAUAAAAUCUGCAUCUUUCACAGCCUGACAUGGCUGUGCUCUUGGAUGAUGUGGAAUUUACUGAUCAAAUCAUCUGUUAUUGCACUGUGUAAAGUAAUUAAUAGUUGUUUGGAUUUAAGAUGUAUUGUGAUUGUGAUGCCUGAUCUUGGCUUGGUGUUUGCCUUCUGAACAAAUAAUACAAUAUAUUAUCUAAUCAUCUA